AUGAUUAAGGCUCUCUUUAUUGUUAGCGUCUCGGGACAGCCUCGCUUUUCUAAAUUCUAUGAGUACAUCAAGAUGGAAGACAGAAAGGAGAUUAUUCGAAAAAUCUAUGAAGCUGUUGUAAAACGAUCGAGCAAGCUGUGUAAUUUCGUUGAAGACAAAGCGCUCCAAUUCUGGAAGGAUCCGACCAAAAUUGUGUACAGAAAGGUCUCCUCCAUUAUUGUGAUUCUCGUAGCAGAUGAGUCGGAGAGUGAACUCGGUUUGCUUGAUCUCAUCCAAGUCCUCAUGGAUAUUCUCGAGGAAUCGUUCGAUGACCUCCGUGAGUAUGAUUUAAUUUAUAAUAUUGAUCGUGUUCACUCCAUGUUCGAUGAAGUGAUCAUGGGAGGAAUGGUGCUGGAGACAAACGUGGACAAGAUCAUGGCAACGAUCAAUGCAAAGAACAGCGUUGAAUACAAGGGUGAAGAGAGUACUGGACGCCUUCCAACUAUCAAGUAA